ACUCAGCCACCCCCACUGAUUCAAGGGGUUUCGACUUUUUUCUUCCUAUUUUAAAAAAAACCAACAAAAAAACCUCAGAAGAGUACAUAGGAAGCUGCCGUAUACCGAGUCAGACCCUUUGUCAGCUCAGUGCUGAAUGCACAGACUGGCAAUGGCUUCUCCAAGGUUGCAGGCAGGAGCCGCUCUCAGCCCUGUCUUGGAGAUGCUGCCAGGGAGGGAACCUGGGCCCUUCUGCAUGCAAAGCAGAUGCUCUGCCACUGAGCUACGGCCCCAUCCCCUGAAUGGAAUCUCCUCCAGUGGUCACAUGAGGACUCCCAUCCCAAUGCAAACCCUGUUUAGCAAGGGGGACCAUUCAUGAUAACUGCUGCAAGACCUGCCCUUAAUUUCGACAGCACUGCUCAUGAAUCACUUAACUUGGCUGUAAGCCAGUGACUGUAACUGCCAAGUCCUCUGGUCAGGAGCCGGCUGAGCUGUGUUGUCAUCACUAGCCAAGGAGGCAGGAGGGCUCCAAAGCCAGGCUGGCCUCUCUCUUUGGACUGGAUCAGACAGCUACGGGCACCAGCAAUGAAUUUUUCCAAUAUACAGCACCCAAGCAGCCGAAAAAGGGUCAACCGGCCGCUGCUGCAGGCCCCCCAUCCCAGAAGUCGCCCACGCCCACACCUACUUCGGGAGCCCCGUCCGUCUUCUUUGCUACGGCCGUUCACGCAUAUCGAUUCACAAACGGGCAGUACGUGAAACAAGGCAAAUAUGGUGCAGCCGUGGUGGGGAGCCAUGUUACCAAAGAGGAUCCUCCUUUAUAUCAGCCAGCAGCAGCAGAUCACGACUGCCAGGAUCCAUUCAGGGUUUGUUCUCACGGUCCAGCCCAACAACUACAGCACAUUCUAUGAUGACCAGAGGCAGAACUGGUCCAUCAUGUUUGAGUCGGAGAAAGCGGCGCUGGAUUUCUGCCAGCAGCUUUGCAUUGCCAAAUACAACAGCAGCCCUUCUGCCGACUCAGUGCUGUACCAGGACCUCAUCAUCGGAGAGGGCCAAGGUGUGGAGGCGGGAGAUUCCCUGGAGGUUGCCUUCACGGGUUGGCUGUUACAGAAUGGUGCUCUCGGACAGGUUUUUGACUCUAAUAUGAAUAAAGACAAGUUCCUGCGACUCAAACUCGGCUCUGGCAAAGUUAUCAAGGGCUGGGACGAAGGCAUGGUUGGACUCAAGAAAGGAGGGAGGCGCUUUCUCAUCGUUCCGCCGGCGCUGGCUUACGGGCCUCAAGGAGUAGCCAACCGCAUCCCCCCGGACUCAACCCUGGCCUUUGAGGUGGAAGUCAAGCGGGUGAGGCUUGUGAAGGACACCAGUUCCAAUGGACAGAGCCUGGGUCCCAGAGAUUUCCUCGCGCCUUCCCCGGCGCCAAACCUUGAAAACCCCAGUACAGACUCUGUAGGGGUGCCCCCUUCUACGCUACCUCCAAAGCCAGGAGAGCUGGCAGUGCGGGCCAAAUCCAACUCCAUCAGUGAGCAGCUAGCGAAUCCCGACGUAGCGAAAGCGAAGCUGAUUUCCCGGAUGGCCAAGAUGGGCCAACCCAUGCUGCCCUUCCUCUCGGGCACGGCUCCAGCCCAGCUCGACUCGAGCGACUCGGAGAUAGAGGAUCCAAAUACUGUGCGAGGAGUGGCUCAGCCUGCUCCGUCCUCUCCGCUGAAGCCAGCCCCUCCAACCACCCUCCCUCAGAUGACAGCACAAGUGCCUCAGCCAGCUGUUUCCGGACUCCAGGUGCCCUCGGCCACCAUGAUCCCUGCUCCCCUCCAGCCACAUCUGGCCCUUGCUGGGACUCCCCAGGGCUUCCAGCCAUAUACUGGGAUGGCCUACGCCUACCCACAAGCCACCGCUGCAGCUUCCCAGCUCCAGCCGGUUGGGGCGAUGUACCCAGCUCCUUUCCAAGCAGCCGGAGACAUGGGCUCAUUCCUGAUGACCGAAGCGCGGCAGCAGAACACGGAGAUCCGCUUGGCUGUUGGCAAAGUGGCUGACAAAAUGGAUCGGCUGGUGGCCAAGGUGGAAGAGCUGCAGAAACAGAAUUCGGGGCAUAGCCUCUUGCCAGGCAUCUCCUCGGUUACUAUGGAAACGGCCAUGAUCAUGAGCAACAUCCAGCGUAUCAUCCAGGAGAACGAGCGGUUGAAGCAGGAGGUCUUUGAGAAGAGCGGCCGCAUCGAGGAGCAGAACGAGAAGAUCAGUGAGCUGAUUGAGCGCAACCAGAGGUAUGUGGAGCAGAGCAACCUCCUGAUGGAGAAGAGGAACACUUCCCUGCAGGUGUCGACCGAGCACACGCAGGCCAGGGUGCUCCACGCCGAGCAGGAGAAGCACAUGCUGCCACAGGAUCAGGGCUGGGACCAGGUCAAAGUGGCUGAAGAGCUGGCAGCCGCUACGGCACAGAUCUCCCGGCUGCAGCUGGAGCUGACCGGCCAUCAGAAGAAGGAGAUGGAGCUGCGGUCCCAGCUGAAUGUGGCCCUGAAGGAGGCAGAGAGGCACGGGACGCAGCUCAACCAGCUGCAGGCACAGCUGACGGAGCUUCAGGAGUCAUCCGAGGACACCCGGAGCAAGUUCCAAGUGGAGAAGCAGAGCCGGAGGCAGCUGGACGGGAAGGUGGCGGCCCUGGAGGAAGAGCUGGCCGACCUCCGCGUGGAGAAGGCGAGCCUGGAGAAGAAUCUCUCGGAGAGGAAGAAAAAGUCCCUUUUGGAGAGAGGACAGGCCGAAGAGGAGAUGGACGAGAUCCGCAAGUCUUACCAGGAGGAACUGGACAAGCUCCGGCAGCUCUUGAAGAAGGCCCGGACGUCGACGGACCAGGCUGCUUCAGAGCAGCUGUCCCUGAUGCAGGCAGAGCUGGAGUCUCAGUGGGAAGCCAAAUGCGAGCGCCUGCUCAGCACCGCCAAGGAGCAACACGCGUGCCAGUACCAGGAGGUGUGUGAGCAGAGGGAUGCCCAGCUGCAGAAGGUCUCCCAGCUGGAAGAGAAGCUUUCCCUGCUCAGAACCACCCGGAGCUCCGAGGACGAGACGCUCUCGGCACUGCAGGAGCAGCUGGAACAGCUGGAGCCCGUGAAGGGCAAGUAUCUGGCCCUGCAGUCACAGGUAGCCGCCCUCAAGGCCCACUACGAGGAGCGGAUCCAAGAGCUUGAGAAAGGCACGCAGCCACCAUCGUCUGCGGACUCCACUGAAGAGGUGAAGAAGAUCAUGAACGGGGUGUUCCGGUCCCUGCGGGGCGAGUUUGAGCUGGAAGAGUCCUACUCCGGCAGGGAGGUCCUGGGCGUCGUCAUGAACACCAUCAAGACCAUAACCCUUCAGCUGCUGGAGCAGAACAAGGAGAGCAGUGGCGAGGAGGAAGAACCAGGCCCCGUGGAGAAGAAGCCGGCAACCCCAGCCGCCGCCGCCGCCGCCGCUGCCGAUACAGAGCACAGGAGCAGCUCUCCGCACGAACCACCGGCAACACCACCUUCUGUUCCCUCUGAUCUCCCAGAGGCGCCGCCGGCUGCUGGCCCUCUUGCCUCUCCAGAAGCCGGCCGGGGCAGCCCGGACUCUGCGGCAUCCCAAGCACGGGCCUCGGAAGAGCGUGACGAAUCGACUCCGGCAGCCUUGCCUCGGACAGGGCUGGAAAUCUCUCCGCUGCCCGCCAGCGAACAGGAGGCGGCCGUUGGCUCUAAGCAGGAAGAUGGAAGCCGCACAGUGGAGCCGGUGCUUGCUGAGGAGGCGGUUUUGGAGCCGGCAGCUGAAGAGGGAGAGCAGAAGACAGAGGGUCCCGUGGCAGGCCCCGGCCGAGAAGAAGUCAGCUGUCUCGAGGCCCCGAGCCAGGAUCCCGGGCUCUCUGCUUCCCUCUCUGGAGCAGCCGCUGACGAGCACAACCCGUCGGCAGAAGCCAAGCCGGGACAGGUCCUGAGCCCCACCCAAGCAAAUUCCAGCCGCCUGGAGGACAAAGGCAGCUUCUUUAAAGCGGCAGUCCGGAAACCGUCCACCACGGGAGGGCCCCUGGAAGAGGACGAGGAGGAAGAACUGAGCAUGAAGGGCCAGCCUCCCCCAGCCCCGCUCUUCGGAGAUGACGAUGACGACGACGACGACCUGGAUUGGCUGGGGUGAGCGGCUGACUGAGUGGAUGAAGCGGCGAGAUUUCUCGGGUGCCAGCAAUGGCUCGCCAGCCCUGGGCCGCCUCGCAUGGACCUGUCUCUUUUUGUGUGGGGCUCCCUGGAUUGCUCACCUGGGUUGGCAGGAGAUCUUGCCUGUUGACUUGCAUUCUCGGGGGGGCUGGGGCAAUUCCCGGAGCUGGCCUCUUCCUCCACCCCAUGCCUGCAUCUGUCCUAACCACGCACCUCUGCGCCCGACUAACCCUAAACGACUUAUGCAAACGGGGACAGGCUUCUUUGCCAGGCCCCAGAAGAGGGGCUGGGGGUCUGCCCCUUCCCGGCUGCAGGAUUCCCUCUCGGGGGAAAUGCCGUGAGGAAAGCUCCGAGGUGCUGAGCCUUCUCUCCCCCACGUGGUUGGCGUUCCUGCUGUGCUGAGGCAGCCCUGAUGUAAAGGCGGGCUGCUCCUUGCUCUGGAUUGCUUCCUGGCAUUGCAAGGGGAGGGAACCCGUCGUCACCAGCAAGAAGCGGCUUGCUUCCGAGGUGACCCCGCCGAGAGACCCUGCUGUUACCCCAGCGGAGAGCGCACCAGUUGUUUGUUGCCUUUAGCCCCGAGUUGGAGGGCUGGGGAUUUCUUGGGUGAGUGAGUGUUUUUGUCCUCUUGUGUCCUCUCCCAGCUGUGUGUCUGUGGCUUACUAGCAAAGCCGCUGAAGUGUGAAACCGGCCCCACCUUCGCUCUGGCCUCGCCGCCUGGGUGACCCGCACAGCAGGGAGCCUUUAUGCUCUCGCUCUUUGCUGCAAACACCGCCGGCCAGCGGGGUUCGGGACUCCUGCUUGCGGGCGCAUGCCUCUGCGCUGCAGCCGAGUUGCCCCUCGGAGGCUGGUUCUGCAGCUUUGCAGGGAGGCAGUCGGGAGACGCCUGGCUGGGGGCCGGGUGGACAGCAUCCAGUCAGUUCUCCUCGGGGAGAGCGGGGCUGUAUAGGAGUCUCCAAACGCCUUGUAGGAGUAUUUUGGAAAUUAAUCUCUGUUAAAAAAAAAACGUGAUGUUGUCUCCACAAGCUUCCACGUCCCCCUCUCUUGUCAGACCAGACACAACAGACAAACUAGUUGGCUCUUCCUUCUGUGGGGGGACUUGGUCAGUGGGACUCCCUGCCACAAGCUUCCCUGUGCAGAAAAUGCCUUGAUCUCUCAGCAUGGCCCCGCACUGCCCCUCACUGACUCACCUCUGGCGAUAGCCCUUAAAGCCGCCUCGGUAGAGAAGGCUUCCGUGCUCUGGUCUCUCUGUGUCGACACAUUUGGGAAGAAGCCAAUCUGGUAAUGGAUCCGAAUUGAAACUCACCCCAAUAAUAAGGUCCCCUCAUCAUGUUGCCUAACUUUGGGAACCAGUAGGAAUACUCUGGAGUAAACCCAGAUUUAGGCUGUGUCAGGCAAUGAAUGCUGUGAAGGACAGGUGUUGAUUGCCAGCGGCUGAAAAAGGCCCAAAGGCUCGGUUUCCCGUUUCCCCCACGGCUUGCCUCUUGGCCCUGGUGGAGGGGUGGGGUUCCCCCUUGCAAUGGAUAGUCUCUCUCUGGAAAUGGAACUUAGCUUGGCUCCCGGUUCUGAACCUUUUGCCAUCUGAUUUCGUGUCUUGGAAAAAUAAAAGUGCGAUUAAAAUGGAUGAAAUGG